CCCCCCCAUUCUCCCCAGCACACACAAGAGCUCCAGAACAAUCGUGUAGAAUACUGGGACACAGGCACUGCGGCUACCUUCAGUAUGGAUGGUGUGAGUACAGCCAUCUUGUUUCUCCUCCUGGCUGUCAUCUCUCUAGCCCUGACCUUCAACUCUUGGGGCAAGAGCCAGCUGCCUCCAGGACCCAAGCCUCUCCCCAUCCUAGGAAACCUGCUGCAGCUUCGCUCCCAAGACUUGCUGACCUCACUCACCAAGCUAAGUAAGAAGUAUGGGUCUGUGUACACGGUGUACCUCGGGCCCAGGCGAGUGGUGGUCCUCAGCGGAUACCAAGCUGUGAAGGAGGCUCUUGUGGACAAAGGGGAGGAGUUCAGCGGCCGUGGCUCAUACCCUGUCUUUUUCAACUUCACCAAGGGCAAUGGCAUUGCCUUCUCCAAUGGAGAACGCUGGAAGGUCCUCAGAAGGUUCUCGGUCCAAAUCCUGCGCAACUUUGGGAUGGGAAAAAGGAGCAUCGAGGAGCGGAUCCUGGAAGAGGGCAGAUUCCUGCUGGAGGUGCUACGGAAAACGGAAGGCAAGCCCUUUGACCCUGUGUUUAUCGUGAGCCGGUCAGUGUCCAACAUUAUCUGCUCCGUCAUCUUUGGAAGCCGCUUUGACUAUGACGAUGAGCGUCUGCUCACCAUCAUCCGAUUCAUCAAUGACAACUUUCAGAUAAUGAGCAGCCCCUGGGGUGAGAUGUACAACAUCUUCCCGAGUCUCCUGGACUGGGUGCCUGGGCCGCACAGACGCAUGUUCCGGAACUUUCGAGGCAUGAAAGAGCUCAUCGCCCGCAGCGUCCGGGAACACCAGGACUCCCUGGACCCCAAUUCUCCCCGGGACUUCAUUGAUUGCUUCCUCACAAAGAUGGCACAGGAGAAGAAAGACCCACUGAGCCACUUCCAAAUGGAUACCCUGUUGAUGACCACGCACAACCUACUGUUCGGUGGCACAGAGACCGUGGGCACCACGAUGCGCCACGCCUUCCUUAUUCUCAUGAAGUACCCCAAAAUACAAGCCCGCGUGCAGGAAGAGAUCGACCGCGUGGUGGGGCGCUCGCGGAUGCCGACGCUGGAGGACCGCGUGAACAUGCCUUACACAGAUGCCGUGAUCCACGAAGUGCAGCGCUUCGCAGACGUCAUCCCCAUGAACCUGCCGCAUCGCGUCAUUCGGGACACGCCUUUCCGUGACUUCCUGAUACCCAAGGGCACAGAUGUCAUCACGCUUCUGAACACCGUGCACUAUGACUCGGACCAGUUCAAGACUCCUCAGGAAUUCAAUCCCGAGCAUUUUCUGGAUGCCAAUCAGUCCUUCAAGAAGAGUCCUGCCUUCAUGCCGUUUUCGGCUGGACGCCGACUGUGUCUGGGGGAGCCGCUGGCGCGCAUGGAGCUUUUCCUAUACUUCACCUCCAUUCUGCAGAACUUCACGUUGCAUCCGCUGGUCGAGCCCGAGGACAUCGACCUGACCCCGCUGAGCUCAGGGCUGGGCAAUUUGCCAAGGCCUUUCCAGUUGUGUGUACGCGUCCGCUGAGUACCGCACCCAGGGACUGCUCUGUCCCUCUUCCCGCUGGUUGCUGGUUUCACUGUCGUGGGCCUCCAUCAGUAUCUCUAUCAUAUUCCCUAAACCCUAGGCCUGCCACGUAUCGGUCCUUUACCUAUCUUAAGCCUGCCUCGGGGGAAAGAAUGACGUGACAAAGGUUCUUAUACCCACAGAACCUAUUCUGUAAUGUACUCAUUUCCAGGCUUUUUGUACCAUUUCCUAAUAAAUACCUUGACAACAGA